UUGAGCGUGAGUCUUCUUAUGAUCAGUGAGAAUGUAAAAUUGGCCCGUGAAUAUGCAUUGCUGGGAAAUUAUGACUCAGCAAUGGUCUAUUAUCAGGGAGUUCUUGAUCAAAUGAGCAAGUAUCUAUACUCAGUCAAAGAUACUUACCUCCAGCAGAAAUGGCAACAGGUUUGGCAGGAAAUAAAUGUGGAAGCUAAACACGUUAAGGAUAUCAUGAAAACACUAGAAAGCUUUAAACUAGACAGCACUCCAUUAAAAGCUGCACAGCAUGAGCUUCCAGCGUCCGAGGGAGAAGUCUGGUCCCUGCCUGUACCUGUUGAACGAAGACCCUCACCAGGACCUAGAAAACGCCAGUCGUCUCAGUACAGUGACCCUAAACCACAGAGUAACCGUCCAAGUACAACUGUCAGAGUUCACCGUCCAUCCGUACACAGUGUUCACAAUGACAGAGGGAAAGCUGUUCGUUGUCGGGAAAAGAAAGAACACAAUAAAGGAAGAGAGGAAAAGAACAAAUCACCUGCUGCAGUUACAGAACCAGAGACAAAUAAAUCUGAUAGUACUGGAUACGACAAGGACUUAGUAGAAGCUUUGGCAAGAGGUAUAAUUUCUCAGAAUCCCAAUGUUCUAUGGGAUGAUAUUCCUGAUUUAGUAGAAGCUAACAAGUUGCUUAAGGAAGCUGUGGUGUUACCAGUGUGGAUGCCAGAAUUCUUCAAAGGCAUUAGGAGACCAUGGAAAGGAGUGUUGAUGGAUGGCCCACCUGGCACAGGAAAGACCCUCCUUGCUAAAGCAGUAGCUACUGAGUGCAAGACAACGUUCUUCAAUGUCUCUUCAUCAACUCUGACUUCCAAAUACAGAGGAGAGUCUGAGAAGCUUGUCUGUCUUCUGUUAAAAAUGGGGACACGGGUUCGAUCCCUGGUCCGGGAAGAUCCCACAUGCCAUGGAGCAGCUGGGCCCUUGUGCCGCAACUACUGAGCCUGCAUGCCACAACUAAUGAAGCCUGUGCGCCUGGGGCCCGUGCUCUGCAACAAGAGAAGCCACCACAAUAAGCCCGCGCACUGCAAUGAAGUGUAGCCCCUGCUCACCACAACUAGAGAAAGCCCACAAACAGCAGUGAAGACCCAAUGCAGCCAAAAAUAAAUAA